UCCAGCGGCAGCAGACGUGCCGCAGCCGAGCGGGUCCCACUUGUUAGCGCCUUGCGCCGUCUCUCGCGAGCAUUCGCGGCGGGCAACGUGUGACUCGCGUCACUCGCCGGUAUCUGAGCUCCACUUUCAAUUUCUGGCAGUGCGGCUAUUUAUCCUCUUUUACCAAAUAAAUUUUCAUUGCACAUUUUGCAUUCGCAAUAUUUUUUUUUUACGUAUACUGUAUGCAUUGCCCUAAGGAAAUCUGAACGAUCUUUUACUGCAAGUGUUGAGUGAAGUACCGGUCGAUGCUCUGACGGCAUCGUCUCUCGAUUGUUUAAGCCAGAGGUGCAGAGAAAGAGCCAGCACACCUGAACGAGAGGCGCUGUACUGGACUGUUGACGCCACAGGACAAGAGAUGAGGCCGUGGGGGCGGGCGUGCGGCGGCCGCCUCCGCCUCCAGUAGCCGCGGCAGAAUGCGGCUGCUGCUGCCGCCGUCGCCGCUGCUGCUGCUGCCGCUGCUGCUGCUGCUGCUGCCGGGACCCGCGCAGCGCGCCUCUGCCAUCGACAGGUCGCAAUGCUUGGCGCCCCUGGGUAUGGAGUCCGGUGCCAUUGCAGACGAAGACAUAUCGGCCAGCUCCUCCUUUGACAGUGGAAACGUCGGACCGCAAAAUGGGAGGGUCCGCACGGAGCGUCACGGAGGCGCGUGGUGCCCCAAGCAGCAGGCGACGAUGGAGCCGAAGGAGUGGCUGGAGGUGGACCUGCGGCAGGUGCACCUCGUCACCGCCGCCGAGACGCAGGGCCGCUUCGGCAACGGCGAGGGCCAGGAGUUCGCCGAGGCCUACAUGCUCGAAUACUGGCGGCCACGGCUCGGCAAGUGGAUCCGCUACCGCGACCACAGCGGUAAAGAGGUGCUGAAGGGCAACACCAACACGUACCUGGAGUCGAAGCAGCAGCUGGAGCCGGCCAUCUGGGCGAGCAGGGUGCGCUUCCUGCCCUACAGCUACCACCGCAGGACCGUCUGCAUGAGGGUAGAGCUCUACGGCUGUCGUUGGACAGACGGCGUGGUGAGCUACUCGAUGCCCCAGGGGGACAAGCGCGGCGCCGGCUGGGAGUUCUUCGACGCGACGUACGACGGCCACUGGGACGGCGAGCUGCGCCGGGGGCUGGGCCAGCUGACCGACGGCCGCGUCGCCCCGGACACCUUCCGGGCCGGACACUACGCGGCCGCCGACAGAGGCCAAGGAUGGGUCGGCUGGAGGAACGACACCCGUGGAGGGCAGCCCGUCGAGAUUAAGUUCGAGUUCGACAAGGUUCGUGAGUUCAACGCUGUCCACAUAUUCUGCAACAACCAGUUCACGAGAGAUGUGCAGGUGUUCUCGGAGGCGAACGUGCUGUUCAGCGUGGGCGGCAAGAUCUACGAAGGCGAACCUAUCACCUUCACGUACAUGGAGGACCGCAUCUUCGAGAACUCGCGCAACAUCACCAUCAAGCUGCACCACCGCGUGGGCCGCUUCGUGAAGCUCCGGCUGCACUUCGCCAACAGGUGGAUCAUGAUCAGCGAAGUUUCUUUUGACUCUGUGAUAGCGCACGGCAACUUCUCUGAGGAGGUGCUGCCCGCGCAGGACGCUCCGGCGCAAGACGUGUUCAUCGAGAGGGACGAGCAGCACGCCGGGGGACGGCCUGUGUCGACGGCGACGGAGGAGGAGCACACCUACCUGGCGGUCAUCGUGGGCGUGCUGAUGGCCGUCGUGCUGCUGCUGGCCGCCGCCAUCUACGUCAUCGUGUCGCGCCACCGCCAGCGCAAGUGCUUCGCGUCGCCGCUGGCCGCCAAGUGGGCGCUGGCGUCGGCGCCGGGCAGCGCCUGCGGCACGCCGGGCGCGUCGCCCGACAAGGCCGCCUCCUGCGGGGGCGGCGGGGGCGGCGGCGGCAGGGAGGCGGCCACGCUGGACCCGCUGCUCGUCGCCAGCGACUACCAGGAGCCCUACCACGCCCUCAAGUACGCGCCCUACUACAGCUACAGCAGCGUGCCCUUCGAUGUGGACGGCGUCAGCGAGAAGGGCUUCGCGACGCACAGUGAGAGCGGCCCCGACUACGCCGUCCCGGACACGGGUCUCCGGCCGCCACCCACGCCCCCGGCGAUCUCGCUGUCGGAUGACGUCGGCAGCAUCUUCUCCAGAGGCAGCAGGACCCUCUCCAGGGCCAAGAAGUCCCCUGACCGGCCUGGAGCGUUGGCAGCCCUGCGGCGGCGGCUGCAGCAGACGGCGCUGCCGGAGUUCCCCCGGCACAGGCUGCGAAUGCUCUCCAGGCUGGCCGACGGAGCCUUCGGCACGGUGUACGUGGCCGAGGCGGACGGAAUCCCGGAGUACGGCAGCUCAGCGACGCUUGGGAAGCGCCUGGUGGCCGUGAAGUUCCUGCCCACCGCCUCCACCGAGCAGCAGAGACAAGACUUCCUGCGCGACGUGCGCGUCCUGGGCGCCCUGGAGGACGCGAACCUGGCGCGCGUGCUGGGUCUGAGCACGCGCGAGGAGCCGCUGGGCGUCGUGCUGGAGUACCUGGAGCACGGGGACCUCACGCAGUUCCUGCGCGCGCACCAGCUGGCCGGCGACGCAGCCCACUCCACGCACAGCACGCUCAGCUUCAGCUGUCUGCUGUACAUGGCUUGCCAGAUAGCGUCUGGCAUGCGGUACCUGGAAACGCUGAACUUCGUUCACAGAGAUCUCGCCACGCGGAACUGCCUGGUCGGUGAGGGCUACCACGUGAAGGUGUGCGACUUCGGUACCGACAACGAGCUGUACGCAGCUGACUAUUACAAGGUGGACGGCGCCAACGGGAUACCCGUGAGAUGGAUGGCCUGGGAGUCUGUUUGCCAGGGCCAGUACACGACCAAGAGCGACGUGUGGUCGUUCGGCGUGACGCUGUGGGAGGUGCUGACCCUGGCACGCCGGCGGCCGCUGGAGCCGCUGUCGGACGCGCAGGUGCUGGAGGCGUUGGCGCGGCUGCAGCAGCGCGACGAGGCCGACGAGGCCGGCGACGACGACGACGCGGACGUGGACGCGCCGCUGCCGCUGGGCGCGCCCGCCUGCUGCACCAAGGACGUGCUGCGCCUGCUGCGCGAGUGCCGCCGCCGCCACGCCGCGCGCAGGCCCGCAUUCCGCGAGAUCCACCUCUUCCUGCAGCGCAAGACGCUGGGCUACGCGCCCGGCAUUUUCUCCUGAUGCCUCGACGACGUGCGCCUGUGAACCUCGUCCUGGUCCGGCGACGGCCUAGCUGUACGAGUCCGUAACAAGUACGGACAGCAAGUCCUGCGAGUUGCGUGGGAUGGUCAGAACGUUUUAAUUAUCAUCUCCAAAACGUAGGUCACGCGAUUAACUAUUUUUUUUUUUACUUUCAUUUCUGGUAUAUACCGCAAUCCGCACGCCACAUCAGCGCAACAUGCAGGAACAGAAACGAAAAGCACAAGGCGCAGUCGGAAUGGGAUAAAUAGACCGGUUAAGAGCGAUACCGGUAUGAAACUUCCUGGCAGAUUAAAACUGUGUGCCCGACCGAGACUCGAACUCGGGACCUUUGCCUUUCGCGGGCAAGGUUCGCAGGAGAGCUUCUGUAAAGUUUCAAAGGUAGGAGUCGAGAUACUGGCAGAAGUACCCCUGUGAGGAGCGGGCGUGAGUCGUGCUUCGGUAGCUCAGAUGAUAGAGCACUUGCCCAAGAAAGGCAAAGGUGUCGAGUUCGAGUCUCCGUCGGGCACACAGUUUUAAUCUGCCAGGAAGUUUCAUAUCAGCGCACACCUCGCUGCAGAGUGAAAAUCUCAUUCCCGAUACCGGUAUCUUAGUUGUGGGUAACAGAUAGAGUUCAGUAUUUGUUUGGACACAGUUAUAACAGGUAUUUUUCAAUUUUCUGAUAACCGAGUAAAUAAACGAAAUAUGAAUUAGAUAUAUUGUAUUUCCAAAAUUUUUCGUUUUUAACAGAUAGUAUUCAGUACUUGUUUCGACACAGUUGUAACAGGUGUUUUUCAAUUUUCUGAUAACCGAGUAAAUAAACGAAAUAUGAAUUAGAUAUAUCGUAUUUGCAAAAUUAUUCGUUUUGAAAUAAACCUAUUUUAUAAAACGAAAAAUUUUUAUUAGUAAAAUUUGCAUUGGUUUCAAAUGUUGCGUUAUUGUAGCAUGCAGGUAGGGCCAUCAGUGCUAUUUUAAUAACAGUGCCAACCGAAACGGGGAACUAACGUAUGGCAUAACAAUUGGUAUAGCUCUGCUCAGACAAUAAUGUCCUCCUUGCUUAUGUCAUGGCUCAAGGUAUGCCUGUACGUGCAGGGUGCAAUACUUGUGCCUACCUCGUCUAUAAGGCAGUUUUUCGCCGUCGUCGCUAGACAUCCGCUGUAGUGCAGAUUGGUACAAACCGUAGUCUGGAAUGAUUUUUGCAAAGUCACGUAGCAAUGAACAGCAGUGCUCUAUUUGCUUUAAAAGAUUAAAUAUUUGUCUGCCAUUUCUAUGAAAUAAUAAAACGGGAAGGUAAUUAUGGUAACAGUAAUAAAUUAAACAUUUAACAACAAUUCAAGCAUAGUAUACAAUAAACAGAGAAAGUAGUUGAUCUGUUGCCAGUAACUACAUAACAUGCCUUUAUCUUCUUGUAGCUUGUGAAAACGGACAAAUUAACACGCAAAAUGGACUUCUUCAACCAAAGUUUUCACUCUUUAGCACUAGCGUUUCGUAAUGUCCAGACAUUGCAAUGAUCCGCGGUUAGAACAUGAUUUUUGAGCAGAAUUUCUAAAAAUUAUGAUCAUAGGAGAAUAGCGGUGUUAUUUCUUUUUCUUUCCUUCUUCUUUUUUUUUAUGAAGUAUUCCACUACUUACCACUUUUUGAAAAGAGCAGCGAAGUGUUAACGGACUAAUUGUUCCCCAGAUGACUAUUUACUAAUUUUUUGAUACUACGUACCUUGAGUCUGAGAGAGUCAAAAUUUUCAAUCUCUGCUCGGCUUCUACGUUUACCACAAAGAAAUAAUAGGAGUAAAGGAUAAUCGGUUAUUUCAGAAUCCGGUCGGUUUGAGCUGUUUUAAGAGUCAGCUUAAACAGGUGUGCAAAUAAAAUAAAUAUAACCGAGAACCGGUUAUUUCAGCGCUAACCGGCAUCCCUGUUGCCCAGACCGUCGGUAAACUGUAGUAUCGCGCGAUAAUUCGUCACGCUAACCAGCGUAAAUGUUGCAGCAGUGUCAGGGCAAUCCAGAUCGCAGAAAAGGUCAUCUGGCUUGGCUUCGCACAGCUUCAGAAUUCAGCUGCUGCUUAUCAUCCAUGAUACACUGUUUUGUCAGUGGUCUACGUCAUUCUAUUUUGGCCCCCUCGGAACGUGCUACGAUAUUGUGGCGUGAGGAUUUCAGUGUGUACCUGCACUGCAGACAUUUGCAUCCAAACAUAAAAUUAAAUAAGUAAUUAACAUUUUAGAGGUGAUAAUUAAAACUUUAUUGCUACCUACGUACUUAUUUAAGACGGUAGUCAUCACGUGAAAUCAAGUGAUCUGGUUUGAAGUAUCUGCUGAUAAUUAUAUCCGGAGGUGUUCACGUAGCAGCACCCUUAGCUCCCUAAGCAGAAUGGUCUCUGGAAGUUGUGUGCUUGUUCGUUGCUUGAAUAGUCUCUCAAGCCUACAGUGGUUUGUUUCCGACUGUGCAAUAAACAUGGGCACUCCUACUAAUGUACAAUAUUUCCAUUAAUAAAAAGAAAAAUGUAUAAUAGUCAUACCAAAAAGUCAAUAGGUUUUCAUCCACGUGAGUCGUUCCAGCUUACAUUUACAUUCCCCCAAUACCCCAAUACUAGCUCCCUACCCUUUGAAAAUUGCGAGGAUAUGAUUUGUAGCUCCUUGAUAAUUUGUAAGAUAUUAUCAUUCUAAUCGUUUAGUUUAAUAAUCUAUGUAAUUAACACUCACAUUAUUUUAUUGAAAGCAAUGAAAUAGCAAUAUCAAAAUUUCCUUGAAAUAUAGCAUAUAACCGGUCUAAUGAGACAAUUUCUAUUUUGUAGAUCCUCUGUGGCAUUUUCUUGUAGAUGGUAGUCUAAAUUGGCACUUUUCUCAUGGGCACAUAAUGCUUCCUUUUUUUCCCAUAAGCUCAGCUAUGUUACAACAUGUUUUUCGCAGUAUCAGCCUAAUUAAGACCCGUGAACCAAAGUUUCUUUUUGUGUACUCAUUAUCUAUAUUACAAUUUUAGGUUCCCAGUUAAAGAUGUGUUCUUCCGGAAAUUGUAACAUAGGAAACCGUUAGAAUUUUGUGUGUCUAAAAAUGGUUACUUCGUGACUACCUACAGAAUCACAGGACAUGAAAUCAUGCCCAGAAUUAUCACUCGCCUACCUCCCUUCAUAUGCGUGUGUUAGGUAGAACUGUAGGCAAGUGGGGCUCACACACGUUGAUGGCAGAAUCUAGUAACAAUAAUCCAUGUUUAGUUUACCAGCUGUGGCAGUGUAGGUACUUUCUGUCUUUGUAGUGCAUCAGCUGACAAAAUGUUAUGAACAACGCGUAACGAUCUUCAGGACUAACUGCUUUACAUUACGCAUACUCGUGAAAUUAAAACGAUAUUUUAUCUGUGAUAGAAUAGUGGUAGAUACCAGGUAAAGAGUUUCUGAGAAAACUUGAACCUAACACUGUCUUAAGCAAAUCAUACCUCAAGAAUCAAUGCCUACAAUCGAUGUUUGAUGUGACUGAAACUUUCUGUAGGACCAAUUAAAGAUUUUACUAAUGCGAGCUACCCCUGUUGCACUUCUUCUAGUUCACGAAUGUAGAAAAAGUUUGUACUACGUUGACAGCAGAAAGCUGAUAUUUUUUCUGGUAACAACAUUUUAAUGCUUUUGUACGUAUUUUACUAACUGUGAGGUUUUGGAAACAGUAUGAUUCCGACUUGGAGUUUGUAUAAACUUCAUUUUGUCUCUAAAGAAGCGAUAUAAGGCGAAACAUUUUUUCAAGCAUGAUUACCUAGGCAGUAUAGCAGCUGAAGUGCUCAGCAGAAACAAAAAAUAGUAAUUGAAAAUGUAAAACUGGAGUAAAUUCCUUAAAUGAAACAACUGCCAUAUUUCUUGAUAGUUGUUAGCAAGCAGUACUUAGUAUGGUAAAGAGUUGUACCGAUAAAACGUAUACAGAAUGGGGCAAAAAACAGCACAGAAAAAUCGAAAUGUUAAUAACUAUACAUAUUAGUGACUUGAGCAUUCUGUACAAAUACUGCAACGAAGUGCUAUUUUCACAGUUAGAAAACAAAACUUGAAAGAUGUUGUUGCAUGUAGUUUCUCUAUGUCUACUCUGUUUGUAGCUAUUCUUGUAUUAAGAAGAAAGUAACAAGUCGUGAAAAAGUUAUCUACUACUGGAGAAAACAACGAAUCUAAAUUUUAUAGCAAAUAAUGUAAAGUUGUAUAGAGAUGUAUAGUCUAACAUAGUUUUCGAAAUAAUGUCUAACACACAGUAUCCCGUAAGUGGUUUAAAAGAGAAUUGUACUGAUGCUCGCUAGCAAAAAUCCACUAAAAAUUUUUAAACUUACAUAAAGUACCGGUAACUAAAAUCAAGCGGCUCUAGAAAAUUGGAGAAAUUUUGCGUUGUAUGUUUUGUGUCAUUCGGAAAGUAAUAAUAAACUGAGCCAGCGUUCUCUCCUUCUCAGCACAUUUGCUAAAUGUUUGUCAAGAACACACAAUAGCACACAGAGUGUCAAAAAUUUUGAAGCAUAGAAUCAAAUGAAAACUUCAGAAGAUUGUUAUUCAGUUACUUCACCUUGCACAAUUCAGCAAGAAAAACGGUAUGGCGUGGCACAAUCACCAAUACAUCACGUAUCUAAUAAUGUAAAGAAAAUUAUAGUGUACAAAUUUAAGAAAUCACAGUAUGGACAUUAGCAUUUGCUUGCAGUAAAAUUCAGAGGAUACAUCUCAAAAAUGAGUCUUUUUUUGCACAUUACUUCCUUCUGUAAACAUUGUGAACUGCUGAUACAAAUUAAACCGAUGGAAUGGA